GAGGGCUAAAGGGGUAUAAAAUGGGAAGUCCUGCCCCAGUUAUCCACAUUCAAGCAAGGUGUGCUUCGUGAAAAUAACCUAUUCAAGAUGAAUCCUCAACAAUCGAUCCUCCUUAUGGCUCUCUGCGCUAUCACGCUGUGUUCAGCGCACAUCGGAGGUGGACAGGUGUCAUUCCAAGAUGCCAACCCUCAAAUAUACUGUGGCAGAUCGUUGGCCAGAGCUCUGGCCUUUUUGUGUUUCGAAGAAUCUGGCUCAGAGAGUAAGCGGUCGGAUUCCGGAUCUAUGUAUAAUGCUAUCCUAUCACCCUACUACAAGGAACAGGAAGGUCAGUUGGGCUGGCCCUGGAUGGCCCCUCACAAAGCUAGGGGUAUGUCCUUGCCUUCAAGAGGAAAGAGGUUCGUCGUCAAUGAGUGCUGCGACAAGGCAUGCAGCCUCAGUGAGCUACUCUCAUAUUGCUAGAUAACUUUGUUACACUGUGUUGCUAGCUAAAUUUGAUGUUUCGAUAAUUUGUAAAAUCUAUUUAUUUAUGAGUUUCUGGAUGUUAAGACCGAAUCGAUAUAUUAUUGAGUUACAGAGUAGUUUAUGUAGUGUUUCUAUAAGUUUGAAAUUAUUUUGAAAUUCAGCGUUAGUUCUGUAAAAAUAUGGAUACUAAAAUUCAAGUGACAGGUUCUUUUUUCUUAACAUUAAUACCUCUUUUCAUUUUAACGUUUUAAAUAAUAAAUGUCCCACGCUGGCAACACAGCGAUAGCACUAUUUUUCUAUAUUAUUAUUUCAUCUCGAUGGAUGAUCAUAAAUCAUUAUAAAACGGGUAAUCCCCUGAUAGUAGAUCGUUGCUCAGACAGUCGUUUAUGUGGACUUUUUACUUUUUUAGUAGAUAAAUGUUAUUUAUGAGUGAAAAUAUUUUAUG